UUUUAAAAUUAGAUAUGCUAUUUAAGAAAAAUAAGACAGGAUAUAUCAAUUAAAAAUGUCCAAAAUAUGAUGAUUUUUUAGAAAAAUCAUCCCAUAUAUAUACGUAAUGAUUAAUUUUUGAGCGAAGUAUCUAUGUUUUGUUAGAGGAAUACAUGGAAAUAUGUUGUUUGUAGAAGGAUAUAUACGUAAAAACACCAUGUUAUCAUCACCCGGUCUCCCCCUGGCAGAGCAAGUCUACUGUUUGCUUCUUGUCGAAGCCUCAAAUCCCAGGCGGCAUCCCGACCAUGCUCUGAGCCCGCCGCCGCAGUACUUAGUCUUCAUCCCACCAUGAGCUUGGAGCCCUUCGCCAGGUCGCUCCUUCCCCCUCCCGCCAGAAUUAGGGUUGGUGCGGCUCGCGGGGAGGGCUUUCUACGACGACGUCUCUCUCAAGGGGGACAACCAGCCCAAGAACGGCAGGGGCGACAACAGGGGCAUGGCCGUCAUCGUCCUCGACGCCCUCACCAGGCGCCAAUGGGUGAGAGAAGAAGAUUUGGCUAAGACCUUAAAGCUGCAUGCAAAACAACUUCGUCGUAUUUUACGAUUUUUUGAAGAGGAGAAGCUAGUCAUGAGAGACCAUCGGAAAGAGUCAGCUAAAGGGGCAAAAAUAUUCAGUACAGCAGUAGCUGCCACUGGUGAUGGUCAACAAGUAGUAAAGGAUGGAGAAGAGAAGACGAAGAUGCAUACUCAUUCUUAUUGCUGCCUGGACUAUGCGCAGAUCUAUGACGUCAUAAGGUAUCGAAUGCAUCGAAUGAAGAAAAAAAUAAAGGAUGAAUUGGACAGCAGGAAUACCAUUCAAGAAUACAUAUGCCCAAAUUGUGGGAGAAGGUAUUCAGCUUUUGAUGCACUUCAGCUUGUGAGUUUCACCGACGAGUAUUUUCACUGUGAAAACUGCAAUGGUGAACUUGUUGCCGAGAGUGAUAAACUUGCUGCUGAAGAAAUGGGAGACGGUGAUGACAAUGCUAGAAGGCGGAGACGUGAAAAGCUGAAAGACAUGCUUCAAAAGAUGGAGGAACAGCUGAAACCAUUGGCUUUGCAACUUGCGAGAGUAAAGGAUUUACCUGUUCCUGAGUUUGGAAGUCUGCAGGCAUGGGAAGCUAGGGCGAAUGCAGCUGCUCGUGCAAAUGGUGAUUUAAAUGCACUGGAUCCAGCCAAAUCUUCUCAAGGACAAGGAUACAGUGGAACACCUAUGCCAUUCCUUGGGGAAACAAGAGUUGAAGUUGCUUUAUCUGGUAUGGAAGUGAAGGGAGAAGACAAUGAGUCUGAUACAAAGACUUCAGCCUUGAAGGUUAUACCUCCUUGGAUGAUUAAAGAAGGAAUGAGUCUAACAAAAGAACAAAGGGGAGAUGCGGUAAAAGUAGAUGACGUUUCAACUUAUGGUGAUGACAAGAAAUCAAAAGAUGUAAAAGAAGACGAAAAGAGCAUACAGGAUGAGUAUCUCAAGGCCUAUUAUGCAGCUUUGUUGAAAAGGCAGAAAGAGCAGGAAGAAGCUUCAAGAAUGCAACGAGAGGCAGAAAGAAGUCAGUCUGACCUUGUGGAUGGUGUUCUUGAAGCAUAUUCUGAACGCCAAGUUGGCAAAAAGGCAAAACGUGAAGAUUAUGAAAAUGAUGAUGUUGAAUGGGAAGAGGUUCCAUCUGCAGUUGUGACAGGUUCAGGUGAAAAAUAUAGACUUGCUGAUCUAAACAUGGAGGCCACUGCAUCAGGCGAUGAUGAAGAUGAUGACAUUGACUGGGAGGAAGGAUAAACCUAGACAAAUUCAAGAAGUUUCUUGCUGAUUGGCCAAGGAGCAAGAGCCUUCCAGUUGCUUCGUCUUCUCACUGUAACUCAUAGCUAGGUGGUAGGAUGACUAAGGUGCUGCUGCAGUAUAAUAUCUGAUGCAUCGUAGCUGAAACUUUACAAGUUAGUUUAGUAAGGCUAAAGUUCUCAAGGGGAAAAGACAUAGGUUUCUUGGUUAAUCUUCUAAGCACAUUUAGUGUAGAUUGUUUCUGUAUAGUAACACCAUGGCCGCUGCAGUACCGGUAACCAAACAUUUAGCUUGCAUUUGUUGCAUAUUCUUCGAGCGUGUAGGGUUAUGUAUGUUUUCAUAUCCUUGUGUCCAAUUGCUAGUGACUGUGAUUGUGAUUCGAAACGUAUAUCGCUGUUAACAAUGUAAUUUGGUUUUUGCCCCAACUGCAGCAACAAAGUUGAUAGCAAGGUUAGAUGGACAUUUUGCCUGCAGGUGCUGGAGAUGCAGCCUCCAAGGGAUCUCUGUUUGUCUUUGCGGCCAGUUCUUUUUUAUUGGUUUCAUUAAAUGGUUGCUAACACUAUUUACGGGUCUUCAUGCAACACCUUAUUGUUCUUCAUGCUUUUGCCCUCGUUAUGUUUUACAGUUGGUGUAUUGGAAAACUCCACCAGGAAUCCGCAUGAUGUCCAGCUGAGUCCAGGAGACUUGGCUACGUUACAAGUAUGCUUCUGGCUGUGUUUUCAUUUUCUUAUUAGUUAAUGUUGUUGGAAUCUGCGUCACAACUGCCUUGUAAUUCUUGUGAUUCUAAAAUUGGACAUCAUCAUCAUGCUUUAUGGCUGACAUCUUUUGCCCAUGGGAGUGUUUUUUUGGCAUCUUAGAAGGAACAGCAGUUACUGGCAAUCCUUGUUGCUUGGGGAUUAGAAGAAUCAGAUGUAUACACUAUAUGGCUAAGUUUUCUUUAAGACUUCUAGAUUGUGGCAUUCCAGAUUCUGUUUGCAAAUGCAUCCCAACAGGGAGAUGACCCCACGGAGCAUUCUUCACCACCACCACCAUUGCCGUGUAAAGUGUAUCGGAAUUGCCCCGUGAAAUAUGCACCACUAGAUUUAAAGGUUUGCCACCGUGGGACCUCCACCCUCUCUCUCUCUUCACAGAUCUCCUACGGCUCUUUCAUCGCUUCAGUGUUCAACUACAUCAUACAUACAACUGCCUCAAGUAUCCAUCACGGGGUCAUCCUCCGCCGCAGACCUCCGCCAUCGCAAGACACCAAAGCUCGACACCAAAGAAGAAGGUCUCCUGCAUCAUCAGCUCAAGGGUGUGACUUCUUCCACAGGCGGUAAUGGUGAAGGAGUCACCAGCCUUCACGAGUUCGCCAACGCUGUUGGCCAACAAGGAAGCACCUUUGGAGCAAGCAAGAGUGCGUACCCUGGAAAUGACAUCGACGGCCAUCAUAGUAUCGAUCCCACGUCUUGGGUUCAGAGGAAUGCAUCUCCCCCGGAUCACGAGUGAUCUGCGACCCUUUAAAGGACGCUCCAUGAAGCGACAACAGCAGUCGUGUAAGCUCAACAUAAAUGAGGUAGAUCGGUCUCUCUUUUAAGUAUGCAGAAGAACUAUCUCUCAUGUUCAUGUACUAUGAAAUCAAAGCUUACUAAUCUCAUGAUAAGCAGUUGAAUCUCCCUCCUCCAA